AUGACUGUCACUCACUGGUGUCCUGAUUCACCAUCAUUUUUUUUUUAUUCUGAGGAGGUCAGAGGUCAAGCUCUUUACUCCUGUCAUUUAAAUCAACUCUAGAUAAAGUCAUUAAAUGUCAGGUGUGUGUGUGUUUCCUUCUCAGGUGUGUGUGUUGUACUUUGCUAAGAGUGCUGAGUUGACAGGAGUUAAGGAAGAGCACGUUGUUGCCGUGCCAACACCAAUCACCAGCCAGGACCUGUGGAGGUUUUUACUGCAGAGACACCCCAGGUACCAUGACAACGUGGUCACUGACCUCACUGUGACAGUUUCACUGUAUUUACCGUGUGUGUGUGUGUGUGUAGGUUGUCUUGUCUUUCCAGGGUCAGGUGGUCCUGGCGGUGCAUCAGCAGUACGUUAGCAUCGGUGACCAGUUGGUGACGUUGGGGGAUGGAAACGAGGUGGUAGUGGCGCCGCUGAGUGGAGGAUAA